UUCAACUUUGUUUCUCGACCCGCUGGCGCUCGCUCGCUGACUUUGUGUCCGUCAGCCCCAAUACAGGGCUGCGUUUAAAAAGCAGGAGGGAGAUGGAGGAAGCGAGAUCAAGCGGUCACGGCGGCAUCCUGAUCCGUGGCGGGAAGGUGGUGAACGAAGACCGCUCCGAGUUAGCCGACGUGUACAUUGAGAAGGGCGUGAUUCAGGAUGUGGGGCCUAAGCUGGCGCUGCCGGCGCUGCCGCCGGGGACCAGAGUGAUCGAGGCCGCUGGUAAACUGGUGCUGCCGGGGGGCAUCGACACCCACACACACAUGCAGCUCCCCUUCAUGGGCACACAAGCUGUCGAUGACUUCUAUCAUGGAACUAAGGCUGCUGUGGCCGGAGGUACCACUAUGAUAUUGGACUUUGUGAUCCCUACUAAAGGUGACUCGUUAUUAGAAGCCUACGACAAAUGGAAAAGCUGGGCUGAUCCUAAAGUCUGUUGUGAUUACUCAUUCCAUGUGGCUGUAACUUGGUGGAGUGCAAAGGUGAAGGAAGAAAUGGAAAUUAUAGUCAAUGAGAGAGGUGUGAAUUCCUUCAAGAUGUUCAUGGCAUAUAAAGAUGUCUUCAUGCUUCAGGAUGAUGAACUGUACCCUGCUUUCUGCCAGUGUAAGAAAUUGGGAGCGAUUGCUCAGGUUCAUGCGGAAAAUGGACAUUUAAUAGUAGAGGGUGCAAAGAAGAUGCUUGAAAUGGGAAUUUCUGGUCCUGAAGGUCAUGAGCUUUGUCGACCUGAAGAGGUGGAGGCUGAAGCCACACAAAGGGCAAUUACGAUAGCCAGUUGUAUUAACUGUCCCAUCUAUAUAGUUCACGUAAUGAGUAAAUCUGCGGCUAAUGUGAUUGCCCGUGCACGGAGAGAAGGGAAGGUUGUCUUUGGUGAACCUAUUGCAGCCAGUCUAGGGACUGAUGGGACUUCAUAUUGGGACAAAGACUGGCGCACUGCUGCAGGCUAUGUCAUGGGACCACCACUACGACCUGACCCUGCCACACCAGGGUACCUUAUGGACCUGCUGGCAAAUGAUGACCUGACUGUGACUGGAACUGACAAUUGCACUUUUAAUGGCUGCCAAAAGGCCAUGGGAAAAGAUGAUUUUACAAAGAUUCCAAAUGGGGUGAAUGGUGUAGAAGACAGAAUGUCCGUUAUAUGGGAGAAAGGAGUGCACUGCGGUAAAAUGGAUGAGAAUAGAUUUGUGGCUGUGACCAGCACCAAUGCAGCAAAGAUAUUUAACCUUUAUCCCAGGAAGGGAAAAAUAGCCAAAGGCUCCGAUGCUGAUAUUGUCAUUUGGGAUCCACAUGCUUCUAGGACCAUUUCAGCCAAAACACAUCAUCAGGCUGUGGAUUUCAAUAUCUUUGAAGGUAUGGUUUGCCAUGGGGUCCCUUUGGUCACCAUCUCACGAGGAAAAGUGGUGUUUGAAAGUGGAGUCCUACAUGUUACAGCAGGUGAUGGAAAGUAUAUUCCACGGAAACCAUUUGCAGAAUAUGUUUUUAAGCGGAUCUGGCAACGUGAUCAGGUUUGUCAGCCGAAGCCAGUCCAGAGAGAGCCAUACGUGGGCGAAUUGGCAUCAGGGCAGCCAAUUGUCCACAACCCAACAUGGCAAAAGGGAUUGAAUAAAAUUCCCUCUGAUUUCUACACAUUUGAACUUUUAAUUCCUGCUGAAUUCUGGUGGGCCUAUAAUACAACACAUCAAAGUGAUCAUCCAUUUUUAACUAAGUUCCACUUACAUAACCUCAAUGAAUGAUCUACCAAGAAUAUCCUCACUGAGUACUGCCGUGGUGUUCUUCCAAAUCAAAACCAUAACUCCCUCUCCUCUCUUACCUCAACCUCUAACACAACUAUAUGUUUCCUGAAAAGUUGAGCUGCUAAUCUUGUCCCUCCCUCAAUCAUAUUUCUGCUAAGGCUGUAAUGUCCCAGUACCAUGCAUCAAUCCCGUCCUGACUUCAUCUGCCUUACCUAUCAGUCUUCUUCCAUUCAAAUAAAUAAACUCAGAGAGUGGUGUAUAUUUGGGAUGUGCUGCCAAAGCAGUUAGGUGAGGCAAGUACAAUAACAGCAUUUAAAAUACACUUAGACAGGUAUAUGGAUAGGAACGGUUUAAAGGAAUAUGAACCAAACAUGGACUAGCUUAGAUAGGGCAUUUUGGUUAGCAUGGGCAUUUGGGCUGAAGGAACUGUUUCCGUGCAGUAUGGUGCUAUGGGUUCUCUUGACUGGAGCACUAAUGAUUUCCACUGAAAUUGCUUUGAGAGUAUGAUUUUAUGUCUUUGGAGAAACUAUGAAAGUAAAUUGUUAAAUUACUACCGAUUACAUGCAAAGAACAAUGUUUUGUGCAUUUAUUAAGGGCCUAAAAUUCCUCUCCUUUUGUAUGGUUGAGGGUAAGAAUUGCAAAUCAAUAUAGAUGUAAAAAAUAUAUUCAAAACGCAUUGACGUUUUGCAUGGCCUAUGACACAUGUUUCAUGCAAUGUAUAUUGUCCUUAAAGAUUAUCAAAGAGCUAUUUUACCCUUUAU